AUGGGUGGUAGUUUAGCGGGAAGAUGGUCAGCCCAAAGUGGAGGGCGUAUGGGUGCGAGAAGACGUCAGCUCGGAGAGCAUGCGAUGAAGGAUCCUGUCAUCGGGUUUCCAAUGCAAAACGAUCUGUUGGAGCCGCCUUUAUCACAAGGAGUUAUGCAGCAUGUCACCCUGCCACCACAACCGAUGUCCGGUCCCCUAUCACAAGCGCCUGCCCCAUCGGUUUCCGAGUCUGAGCAGCCGGAUCCAAAUCGAGCUAGAAAAGUAGCAGAAGUUUUCCUAACUGCUGGACAUGCAUUUCAAAAGCUGGGUGAUUUGGCAAUGCAACUUCAUAUGGGUCCAUCCUCUGUGCCAAGCGAAGAAAGAUGGAGCGAAAAUAAUGUCGACCAUUUACGUGAGGCACUCACUCGUUUCGCUCAUGAACUUGAUCAAAUCAGCAACAACGUUCAGGCACGAACAACGAAAAUGAUUAGUACUGACAUUAGGCGGAGGCAUAUGACCCCUCAGCGCCCCGUAGCUUCGGCUAUUUCGACUUUGAAAGCGUCAACCUGCCAGGCUUGGUCCUGUAAUUGUGCCGAAACGAUUGAACGUUACAAGGAGUACAGCAAGGUUAGUACAUGA